CCGGGUUCGGGUCCGGCGUACAUGGAAGCCAACAGCAAUACCGGCUAAUUAAUAUCCAGGAAGUUUAUUAAGUGACAAGAAGGCAAUAGGUGGAAACGGAGCUAAUAAUAGCGACAUUUUACAGCUAGAAGAUGCCUGCUGCAUACACUUAUACAGAAGUUGAACAUGAAAAAAAGCCAAAGCAUGCUGUGUUCGGACGAAGCAAAGAUUCAAUGACCAGCCAGCCUCCCCCUUAUGAGGACAUAACUUCAACUGCAGUCAACUUCAUACCUGAGAAAAAUGCAAUUAGGCCGAGACAAAGAGUAAACAGUGGUGAUGUGGCCUGUAAUAUAGGAAAUAGUCCGGAUGAGGAUAAGACACCCUCGCAAGAUUUCAACCUGUUCUCCGGAUUCAUUCAAGCUCACAGCUUAUUGACAGACUUCUACAGAUCCAGGAAAAGCAGAAUUUGUCGGGGAUUUUACGCCAUUCUAGCGAUAGCCUAUUUGUCGUAUUUCGUUGCGGCGAUGGUCCUGUGUAAGACCGAAGGUUUUCGUGACCCGACCCCACUUAUAGCCUUGACCUGUGUUGGUGUGGUAAUCAUCGCUUUGUGGUUCAUUGGCGAUAAGUUCGGGAGAGAGAUACAGACGAGAGUAAUUCAGCCAACGGAAAGAUUCAUGAACGACAGAAAAAGGGUCAUCAAGAUCAUCAAAGUAUUAAUGGUGAUGUGUGUGAUGGCAGCCAUUUUAGUGAUUGUUGGGACAUCUCUAUGGGUACGACCAGAAAAUGCUAUUUCCCUCAUAGGAAUUAUUGUCUUCAUAUUGGCCAUGUGGCUCUGUUCAGCACAUCCUACCAAGGUAAACUGGAGACCUGUGGCUGGUGGACUAGUGUUACAGUUUUUCUUUGCCUCUCUGAUUCUCAAGCUGAGUGUGGGAUACACUGCAUUCAAAUUUCUUGGAGACCAAAUACAGACCUUUCUUAGCUUUACAAACGAUGGAACACAGUUUGUAUUUGGGGAAAAAUACACAGAUCAUUUCUUUGCUAUGAAGGUUUUGCCAGUUAUCGUUUUCUUCAGCUGUGCCAUCUCUGUGCUGUACUAUUUGGGAGUUAUGCAAGUGGUCAUUGGCAAAAUUGCCUGGAUUAUGAGGGUAACCCUAGGAACGACUGCAGCCGAGUCUUUGUGUGCCGCAGGAAACAUCUUUGUUGGUCUGACCGAGGCUCCCAUCCUGAUCCGCCCCUACCUCGGCCUGAUGACAAAGUCAGAACUACAUGCUGUGACAACUUGUGGGUUUGGUACCAUAGCUGGAGUAGUGCUGGCAGCUUAUAUAGAGUUUGGGGUACCUGCUGAGCACCUGCUUUGUGCAUCUGUAAUGAAUGCUCCGUGUGCACUGGCUAUUUCCAAACUCCUGUACCCAGAGACGGAAGAAAGCAAGCUGAAGGUUUUACCUACCGGUCGAUUAGAACCUACACCAGAAGGGAUUGAAGAAGGCCUAGAGACUGUUGCCUGUAUAAAAUCUGAACUACCAAAGGAGAAGAAUGUGAUCGAGGCUGCAUUAGGUGGAGCCUCUGCUUCAAUCAAACAAGUAGCCAACAUUGCCGCCUACCUCAUCGCUUUCCUCGCCAUGCUUUCCUGUGUGAACGCCAUACUUUCCUGGUUUGGUAGUUUUGUUGGCAUCUCCGAUCUCUCCUUCCAGAUGAUCUGUUCAUACCUGCUGAUGCCGGUGGCGUAUCUGAUGGGAGUGGACUGGAGCGAUGCCAAUGUGGUCGGAGGACUGAUCGGGAUCAAAACGUUCCUGAAUGAGUUUAUUGCCUACAGUGAACUGUCUACAUACAUCAAAGCCAGAGAACAGUGUCUGGACGGCCCGGUUAUGUCUGUGAGAUCGGAGGUGAUCGCGACUUAUGCUCUGUGUGGAUUCUCAAACCUUGGGGCCAUAGGUGUCAUGUUGGGAGCUCUGGGUCCCAUGGCCCCGAACCGUAAAGGAGAUUUGUCUACUUUGGUGAUGCGUGCUCUCCUUGGUGGUAUCGUCACCUGUCUUCUCACUGCCUCAGUUGCAGGUUUGUUGGUGACAGAGUUCCCUGCCCCUCCUUCCUGUCUGAUGCAGAAUGUUACAUCUUUGAUCCUCUCGGGGAACACCACUGCCGAAACCGUGCUCAAUGCUGUGCUGAUGGGAUUAACAGAUAUCUACAACACAUCGCUCCCAACUUGAUAACACUUCUUUAGGCCUAUGUCAUAUGCAUUUUCAUAAUGUUAAGUAAGAUCAUUUAGGUUUUUUCAUUGUGUUUGAAUUUUGUGAAUUCUUUUAAAGACUAUCUUUGUCUAUGUUUAUAGAUUUAAAUAUUCCCGCGUUUCGCUUAGUAAAGCGGGAAUAAUUUGUCUCUGUCGGCACGUAAAUGCAGGUGUUGCACGUGCCUUGACGUCACAGUGGUUCACGUGUAUCGGGUAUACAGUGUGCGUGUCAUUCCUAGCCGCCACGCCGUACUGUACGGUUAUGUCAUAUAAUUAAGCCAGUUAUACUGUCCCCACAUCAUGACGACUUCUACAGAAGAUUUUAUUACCGCCCGUGUGAAAGCGGCAGUGGAGGCCUCUCAGGAAGAGAUUGUUUCAAAAAUGAGUUCCGUCAUUUCGCACAAGCUGGACAGUUUCGAACAUAGAAUGAGUGACUGUUCCGAGGCCCAUUUUUCCAAGUUACAGCAAAAUAUUUUAUGUGGGGAGCCACACAAAUUUUCCAGGAAAAGCUGUGAAGAUCAGCACAAAUUCAAUGUGAAAGUUCGAGCCAAGUUAAUGGAGGCGGAACAUUUAUCCACGACGGAACCACUAGCGUCGAAGGCUAAAAUUUUGGAAGGUAUUGGCCUAAUAGACUAUAGACAGAAACUUGUUAAACUAGCCGACACUUCAGAUUGUGGAUGGAAAGCUGUUGACGAAUAUAUUGCGAAUCCUAUCGCUUCCGAUUCGGACGAUGAGCGCAAGAUGGAUCGCGCCAGAGCCAGGGCCAACAGAAAGGCCAAGGAUUCAAAACUAAAAGCCAAUAAGGGAAGAGGUCGUUACACCCCUUAUAGCGACCAACGUCUUCGAUCCAAUAAUGCCACAGGGAAUACCCAGGACGGUUUCAGAGGAGGUCCCCAAAGGAGUGCUAUUAGCAGGCCGGGGAGCUGUUUUGCCUGUGGGAAGUUCGGACACUGGCGUGUCGAUUGUCCUGCCCUGGCGGGAGGAACAGUGACGUCUGGCAGUAUUAAGAUAAGUAAUAUUUGGUUUACUAAACAUGUACAUAUCGUAAAUGACGAUCAAGGCCGUAAGACAGACGACUCUUUAUUGAUAGGUAAGAGUAUCAUUCAGUCAAUGACGGACCAGUUAGGCGUCGCAAAUGAUUCAGGUCCUGAAGCUUAUCGUAGCAGCGCAAAUGAUAGUUUUUCACAAACUUCACCUGUUGGCAGGUUGAAAGCUUGUUUUGAUUUUUGGGAGAGCACAGGCGCAUGUGACGCUGUAUUAUCAGUUGUGAAGGAUGGUUACAAGAUUCCUUUUCGUGAAAUUCCUCCUUCUGUUGUGUUAAUGAAUAAUAAGUCUUCACGGGAUAAUAUCCCUUUCGUACAAGGUGAAAUUGAAAAAUUGGUCAAAUUGGGCUGUGUUUCAGAGGUUUCAUAUGUACCUUUCGUUGUCAAUCCUCUAACAGUGUCGGGUAAGCCACGCCUCGUUCUAGAUUGUCGGCAUAUCAAUCUCUAUUUGCAUAAGUUCAAGGUCAAAUUCGAGGACGGUAAAGUCGCUAGAGAUAUUUUUCAACAGGGCGAUUUCUUGUUCACUUUCGACCUAAAAUCGGCCUACCACCACAUUGAAAUUUUUGCUGAUCACAGGAAGUUUCUUGGUUUUCAUUACAUUUUUGAUAGCGUUACCCGUUAUUUUGUGUUCAAUGUGUUGCCUUUUGGAAUAGCCACGGCCGGCUAUAUAUUCACAAAGGUUCUCCGCGAGGUAGUGAAGCACGUGCGUGGUAGGGGUUACAAAUUGAUCAUGUACCUUGAUGAUGGUAUGGGCGGAGACGCCUCUGAAGGCGGCACUAGAGAUGCCAGCGCAUUUGUUAUGGUUUGUUAUUUGUUACAUUCCCUUUGGAGGGACAUGUUAGUAUGGGUGAUGCCCCAUGUUUCUGUUUGCCUUUGGAGGAUUUGUCAAAUGAGGUCAGGGCCCCUUUGGAGGGGACUUGUGAAAAAUCAAGUGUUAUAACGAGCACUUGGAGUGAGGAUGAAAGGGUACGUAGCUCAACCUGGAGGGAGCUUGAAGGUAUGAAGCGCGUCCUGUUUAGCGCUGUUGAUGAUAUAAAAAGUCAGCACGUAAGACUGGUUACUGACAAUAAGAAUGUAGCCUCCAUUCUUAAGGUAGGUAGUAGAAAACCCGAUCUUCAAGCAGUAGCUUGUGAGGUAGUGGAUUUUUGUGAGAAUCACGGUGUAAGUAUCAGUACUCAAUGGAUACCCAGACAGUUGAACAAAACUGCAGAUUGUUUGAGCAGAUGUACGGAUGCCGACGAUUGGUCGGUUCAAAGGUGGGUUUUUGAUUUUUGUGAAGUGUUAUUGGGGCAGCACGAUGUAGAUAGAUUUUCUGCAGAUUAUAACACAAUGUGUGACAGAUUUAACUCGCGUUUUUGGUGCACGGGUACUGAAGCGGUAGAUUGUCUCACUGUAUCAUGGGGUCGGCUAAACAACUGGAUAGUACCUCCCCCCAGGUUAAUAUGUAAGGUCAUUGAAAAGAUGUCAAAGGAACAGUGCCGUGGUACUCUGAUAGCCCCUGUUUGGAGGUCUGCUCCAUUUUGGCUUUUUCUGUGUUUAAGCGAGAAUAGAUUCGACAGUUUUGUCGUGGAUAACCGAGUAUUGUCGAAUAAGAAUGUUACAAAAAAGGGUAGGGGUAAAAACGGCGUUUUUGGCAGAACCGUUUUACCCUUUGACAUGAUCGCAUUGCGUUUAGUUUUCUAAACCGGGUUAUUUUUCACACACGUAUAUAUAUUUGUUAUUUGUUUACAAGGCAUAGGAUUAUAUACCACAAUCGACCAAGCGAUUAAGGACUCGGGCGUUGUAGAAGGUUCUUCACUGCAUAAACACGUCGUCGGUUUAAAGAGCAGGAUACUUCAGUGCAAGAGUGACAGCACGAACUAUAAAUACUUCGGUGCUUUUAAACGAUGGGAGCGUUUCAUAACAGCGCAGGGAUUUCCGGCAGUACCAGCCAAUUCCAUACACAUAUGUUUGUACCUGAACAGCUUAUUAACUAAAGGAUCCUCAUUUGCAGUGGUUUCUUCGGCAGUGUAUGCUAUCAAGUGGGCUCAUAGCUUGAACGGAUUGUCGGAUCCAACAACAAACAUUUUUGUAAAAAAUCUUUUAGAAGCUUCAAAACGCAUAGCGAAGAAACCUGUGUGUAAAAAGGACUCUGUUACCAGUGGCAUUUUGAUUAGGCUUUGUGACAUUUUUUCAGAAUCUAGCGACUUGUUAGUUGUCAGGGAUUUAACCAUGAUUUUGCUUAGCUUUUCAGGAUUUUUGCGCUAUAACGAGCUCAGCAAUUUGCAUUGUUCAGAUGUUAAGCUAUCGGAGAGCUAUUUCACACUUGUAGUCCGUAAGAGUAAAACGGACCAAUAUCGGUUCGGCAGUGAGAUUGUUAUCAGUAAGGGUGAAACUACGGCGUGUCCGUACGCCAUGUUGAUGAGAUAUAUUCGUAUAGCUCGCACUGACAUCGAGUCAGAUGAUUUCUUGUUUAAACCAAUUUACAGAUCGGGCGCAGUUUGUGGUUUGAUUCACAAAAAUAAACCGCUCAGUUACACGGGAGCUAAGGAAGCUAUCCUGAAACGGCUGAAUUUGGUUUCGGAGGGAAAGAAUUUCGGUUUACAUUCUUUGAGAUCAGGAGGGGCCAGCAUGGCGGCCAACAAUGGCGUUAAUGAUCGCUGUUUUAAGCGCCACGGGCGUUGGCGUAGUGAGUCUAGCAAGGACGGAUACAUCGCUGAUUCUAUCGAGAGACGGUUAAAUGUGACGCAAAAAUUAGGUAUCUGAAAUCAAAAUAUAUACAGGCAGUUAAACGUGACGCCUAAUGUUUUAUACAUCGCGUGUGUUGUAUACGACGUAUUCACUUAGUUAUUUAGGAUAACUAUACACGUUUGAUAUAUAUAUUUUUUUUCUACUCGUACUUUCCCCUUUCUUUGUGAUUCCUAUACACGGCGGGCUAGUCGGCAAAUGGAAUUUGCGUGUUUGGUGUUGUAUUAGUAUAGAGGAGACUUAAAUAUUCCCGCGUUUCGCUUAGUAAAGCGGGAAUAAUUUGUCUCUGUCGGCACGUAAAUGCAGGUGUUGCACGUGCCUUGACGUCACAGUGGUUCACGUGUAUCGAGUAUACAGUGUGCGUGUCAUUCCUAGCCGCCGCGCCGUACUGUACGGUUAUGUCAUAUAAUUUUUCUGUGUAGUUAUAUGAUUUCUAGUGUCAAUGCUGUCACAGUAGUUCAUAUUUGUCUGGCCUAUAAAUCCAGCAUAUGAAAUCUUAAGCAUUGAGGGCUGGUGCACCUCCUGCUCUCCCGUAAGACAGGAGUUUCAGGUUGGGUGGCUCGCUUGAUUUUACAUAGGCCAUAUAGGGUUAAAAGUUCAGGCUAAUUUUAGGUCAAUGUUAUCAUAGGGAUGAUUUCGGUGUUCCUUUAGAUUUGGCUAUUCAUUUCGCAUCAAUGUAUUUGUAUCAUAUGAAAUUGGCAUGAAUUUUGCUUUUCUGAAUAAAUUCCGGCUUCCUAUACACGGCGGGCUAGUCGGCAAAUGGAA